CGCACGCGUUGUGUGAUGGUAGAGACGCCGCCGGGGCCGGGGCCGGAGGAGGAGGGCCCGGUGAUCGAGGUGGUGGUGCCGGAGGGCGCGCCGCUGGAGCUGGCGUGCGUGCUGCGCGUGGAGCAGCGCGCCGAGUGGCGGCGCGAGGGCAGCGCCGCGCUGCCGGCCGCGCUGCAGGUGGCGGGCGAGAGCGCGGGAGCUGGCGCCGGCGCGGGGAGCGGAGGGCUCACGGCGCGCCUGCGAGCGGCGGCCGCCACGCGCGAGCUGCAGGGCGUGUACUCGUGCGCGCGCGGCCCGCAGGCGCAGCGCCUGCGCGUCGUCGUCAAGCCGCGCCCCGCCGCCUACGUCACCGUCGCCGCCGCCGCGACGGAGCCGGCGACGACGCUGGCGCCGGCGGGCGCGCCGCUGCUGCGGCAGAGCGAGGUGCUGCCGGUGCGCGCGGAGAGCGGCGGCGCGCCGCCCGGCACGCCCCAGUACUACGACGUCGGCCGCAACACCUCCAUGACCUGCUCCAUCCCCGCCGCCAGCGGCCAGCAGAUCGUCUGGGAGAAGAACAACACCGUCCUCGCGAACGUGAAGGAGAUCAAGGACCGCUACAAGCUGGAGAGCGACAACGCGCGGCUCGUGAUCUCGCGCUCCGUCGAGGAGGACUACGGCAACUACUCGUGCAAGGCGGGCGGCGAGGCGCAGCACUGGCAGCUGCGCGCGCGCGUCUACACCAAGCUGCCCAGCACCGACUCCAGCGUCGUCGACGGCCAGAAGCUCAAGCUCGUCUGCAAGAUGAUCGGCAAGCCCGCGCUGCCCGUCAAGUGGUUCUACAACAAGGACCACACCUCCUACGACGAGGAGGUCGUCAAGGAUCUGCAGUUGGGCGUUGAGCUGGAGACGGGCGGGCGCAUCAAGCUGGAGAACAGCGACGCGGGCAUCGAGAACGGGCAGCUGGUGAUCGAGGCGGCGGAGCGCGCCGACGCGGGCGCCUACGCCUGCAUCCCCGACUUCAGCGCCGCCGGCAACCACACGCAGUCGCCGCACCUGCCCGCCGUCACCGUGCUCCGGGUCAAGGACAUGUACGCGGCGCUGUGGCCGUUCCUCGGCAUCUGCGCCGAGGUGCUCGUGCUCUGCGCCAUCAUCCUCGUCUACGAGAAGCGCCGCACCAAGCCCGAGCUGGACGACUCCGACACCGACAACCACGACCAGAAGAAGUCGUAAGCGGCGGCGGGGACGCGGACGGGGUGUUGUGUGCUAGAGAUACGAGAUUUUUUUAUUUUCACAAUCUAACCCAAAGUUGUUAUUUAAUUAGAAUAAAGUGCAAUUACAUCUCAACAUGGCGCCUUACUACUGCCGAAAGAAGUUGUUGAAUUAUUCGAAACUUUUAAUUUGUCUAUGGAAUGUUCUGUGAACUGAAUUGUAUAAAGUUAAUUUAACUCGACGUGACUGGUUUUAGUCUAAAUACUAUAAAAUCUCGUGUAAAUAUUGUACUAAUAGUAUGAUAUUAAAUAAUAAAUGUACUUAAUACAUAUUAUUGAUUAAAAAUAUGCGAGGCGCUCGAAUAUACGUGGAAAUAUCGCAUUGAGGAAAUAUCGGAAAUAUCUUCGCAAGUGAGUGAUCAGUCGAACAGGCCAUUCCAUAGACAAGGCGGACUCGGACCGAGACAGGCGCCGCAACGCACGGACAUCAAUAUUUAUACACGGUUGUAUCUUGUUACGAAAGUAUAGUGCACAACAAUGUAUACAUAUUUAUGUAGCAUCAGUGGCACACAAACUAUUUAGCUUAAAUUUAAUCUAAGUCGUAGUUUAGACUUACACUUCCGAACAAACCGUCACUUGGCACGCGUUUGAGGCGGCGUCUGUCUCGAGUGUCGCGAGUGUGUCGCGUGUCGCGAGUGUGUCGCGUGUCGCGAGUGUGUCGCGUGUCGCGAGUGUGUCGCUUGUCGCGUCGCGGGUGUGUCGCGUGUCGCGCGCGGCAGACAGCACGGUUUUGUAAAAUAAUGUUCAUAAUAUAUUCAAGUCACGUUCGUUUUCGUUGCCUUAUUUAAUGAUGCUUGAUUCGUUGACCUAAGUAAAUAAAUACUAAUGUGGUAUUACCAAGUGCUGUGGAUGUAUGGUAACUGCCGAGAAAUAUUAUUAGACCUUUAGAUGAAUACAAUUGAAUAAAAUAUUAUGUUACUUA